AGAAUCAGAUCUAGCAUCAGUGAUGAUACAUCACUAUCAAAACGAAUAAUCAACGAGAAAGGAGAAGCCAAAUUUGGUGGUAGUAUUGAUGUGAUUUGUUCGAAGGGUCAUUUUUCUUAUGUAUAUAGCUCUAAUUUAUAUUGUGAAGCUACGAAAGGUGACGUAAGUUGUAUUGCUUUUCGGCAAGUACACUAG